GAGCAUAUCAGCUGGACAACAGUGAACAUGAAUAUCAUUUUAGAAUAUAUGUUUCUUCUAUUCAUUGCAGUUUAUUCAUACAUGGAAUCUUUUGUGAAAUUGUUUCUGCCAGUAAACAGGAAAUCAGUUGCUGGAAAUAUUGUGUUGAUUACAGGAUCAGGACAUGGCAUUGGACGCAGAACAGCUCUUGAAUUUGCCAAGCACGAAAGCAUUCUUGUCUUAUGGGACAUUAACCAGAAAGGUGUUGAGGAGACAGCAGAUGAAUGCAGGAAAUUGGGGGCUACAGCUUAUGCCUUUGUUGUGGAUUGCAGUACCCGGAAUGAUAUUUAUAGGUGUGCUGAGAAGGUCAAGCAGGAUAUUGGAGAUGUGGAUAUUCUAAUAAAUAAUGCUGGAGUGGUUUUUGGCACAGAAUUUCUUAAGCUCCAAGACCAUCAGAUUGAGAAGACUUUUAGCGUCAACAUUCUUGCUCACUUCUGGACUACCAAGUCCUUUUUGUCAGCAAUGAUGAAGAAAGAUCGAGGACAUAUUGUUACAGUAGCAUCCAUAGCAGGUCAACUUGGCGUCCCAUAUUUGGUAGACUAUUGUGCAAGUAAAUUUGGACUGGUUGGAUUUCAUGAAAGUUUAACAUCAGAAUUAAAAUUAUUAGGAAAAGAUGGGGUGAAAACCACUUGUUUGUGCCCAGUCUUUGUGAACACUGGAUUUGUUCAAAAUCCAAGUACAAGGGUUUGGCCUGUGCUUAAAACCGAGGAUGUUGUAAAAUGCCUAAUGGAAGGAAUCCUAACAAAUAAGAAAAUGAUUAUUGUACCUUCAUCAGUCAAAUACUCAUUAAUAAUGAACCAGUUUCUUCCUGAGCGUGUGAUUGCAACUAUGACCAAGAUGCAGGAUAUCCAGUUCAGUACUCCAUACAGAUGUGACAAGAAAGAGGAUUAAAGAUAUCAAGUUAUUUAUCAGUGUUUUAUAAGAAAUAUUAAUACACUUCACACAUUUAUUAUUAACUUUCAGAGGAGCCUAAUCAUAUUUUACAACAAGAUCUAUUAAAUUCUAAUUAUGCAAUUAUUAUGUGAGAGUUUUUGGGACAGCAAUAUCUGGUGUAUUCCCUUGCAUGCAACACACACAUACUUUAAGUCUAAAUUUAUAGUAAUUACAUUUAUAUUUGAUAUUUUACAUUGUAUAGGUCAGCUGUCUACUAAUACAUAAAAUGUAUUAUUUGUUCUAUAUAUACAUAUCUUAUGUUAAAUUAAAAACCGUUUGUUCAAAUAUUA